AUGGUGAAAUUUAACACGGAUAACAGCCCCACAGAGGAUGUUUCUAGUAACAGUCGACCCUUCAAAGUCUUAGGACAACCUAUCCAUACGGGAUUACAGAUGAGGAAAGCAGCACUUGAGAAAUUUGCCAGUCAAGGAAAUGCAACUUCUCCUUCAGGACCCAGUACUUUUCACAAACCUGUUCAUCCUAAGCCUCCUCUGGGGGUCAAGCCUUCAAUUGAUGAUAAGACAGAGAAGGAUCCAAAGCCCCCAUAUUUGAAACCAGUGGCACAAAGGUUUGGGGUUCAGCUUCAGGCAACAAACAGAGAAAACGAUGGAAAAGCUGGAUGCACUAAAACCACCAUGAAAACCAGUGACUUGGCAAAGGAAGAGCCAAAGUUUCUGUACCCAAAACCUGCAGAGAACAAGUUCCUAAACUCUGCUCCUCAUGAGAAAGAAAAAAAUCCUCUGGGAACAAAAUCAAAUUCAAAUUUUGCACCAUCGGAGAGUGAGGCAAAACUAGCAUUUUCAAAAGUAACUGGAGUUAAGGAAAAGUUCAUGUCUGCAACACAAGAAAAUGAGCCCAAGCCUCCUUUCUCUAAACCACCUCUGGCACAGAAACCUUCUCUAAACCAUGAAGUCUCCCACAACAAAGACACUUCCAAUAAAAAUGUUUUUCUGCAAAAAGGACUAUCAGGCCCUAGAGCAAAUGUACACUCAUUUAAAGCAGCAAAGGAAACGGAUGAAAAUAGUAACUGUGCUGCAGAAGCUGCAGGCAGUCAUUUUUCUAACAUGGCCCUGAAGCCUACUGGCCACUGGUCCACCUCAUCUCAAGGCACCCCCAAAAACGUGGAGGAAAAGCCUGAAGAAAAGGGAAUGAGUGCUGCCAAGAACAUCUUUCUCAACAAAAUCAUCCAGGAAGAAUCAGGUUCUUUUUAUCCUAAAUUCCAUAAGACGAACACGGCACUUGCUGCAGGAAGGCCAUCAGGUGGAUCACAAGAGAAAGAGGAUGGGGACGGGAGCUCAGGAAUCCCCAAGCGGAAGGCUUUGCCCCCACUGUUCAAGCUGGGCCAACCCCCACAGAAGCCCAGCAGACCCCCCAGCGUGGACCUGGAAAGGUUCCGGAAGAGCAGUCCAAAAGACAGCCUUAAAAAUGAGGGUUUGAAACAGACAGGACCUUCCUCAGCAGCACUCUCCCCACCUGUACCUCCACCACACUCUGCUGCCCAGUUGCCACCUCCUCCUCCAGCCUCUCACCCAUGCCUGCAGGCCCCAGCAGCUCCCAGCCUGCCUCCCAGGAACACCAAGCCCAGCUCUGAAACAAUAACUCCAGACAAUGAAGAAAAUUAUGAUGAUGUUGAAUUUGUUUCACAGGGUAAGAUAGGUCAUGGAAAUACAGAGGGGGGCCAAGAAAGUGAUGGAGAGAUGUAUGAAGACAUAAAUGACAUCAGAUCAUCAAGGGGAAAAGAGAAGAAGCGGGACAAGGAAGAAAAGAAAAGAAUGGACCAAGAGAAGAAAGAACAAAAGGAAAAAGAAAAGAAAGAGCAGGAAAUAAGGAAGAAGUUCAAAUUAACCGGACCCGUCCAAGUCCUUCAUCAGGCACGAGCUUGUGUUGACCACAAGGGAGGGAAGAAUGAACUGACUUUCAAACAGGGGGAUGAGAUUGAAAUAAUUCGCCUCACAGACAACCCAGAAGGAAAGUGGCUGGGCAGGAUGAAAGGAUGUUUUGAGUUCUAUGGAUACAUUAAAACAACCAUGGUGGAGAUUGAUUAUGAUUCUUUAAGAAGAAAGCAACAACCAUCCACCAGAGCUGCUGUGAAACAUUCGGAGAGUGACCAAGAAGUGUAUGAUGAUGUGGGAGAGCAGGACAGUAUUAGCAG